UAACACCUAAUACCUCUAACAUCACCAGCUGCCACCCCGUUCUUUUUGCACACACCCACACACGCAGAAGAGAAAAAGGAGGGAGGAGCUUGCUACCUCGCCACCGCCGUCGUGUCCUAUCACCGCUGCCACCACCGAGCCGCCGAAUUGAGCUGAGGAAGAGAGAGACUGAAGUUGGGCUGGGGGUGAGGGAGAGAGUGACACACGCGAGGGAGAGGAGGCGCCGCUGUUGCUGCCUCACCGUCAUUGUCAACAUCGCCAGAAGAAAAAGACACGCGAGGGAGGAAGGCCGAGAGAGAGAGUGUGUCGUCGAGCAAGAUGCACGAGGAGAGAGAGAGAGAGAGUCGCGGAGGGGGAUGGAGCUCGUCGUUGCCAUGCCUCCAUCGCCGCCGAUUCAUCACUGCUAUUGUUGGUUUGUCGUCACUGGGAAAGGAGAGAGCAAGUGAGAGUGACACCAGAGAAGGGAAGAACAGACCAGGGAAGGAGAAGAAGGGGUUUCCGCCGCCGUUGGAGCUCGCCGUCGAGCUGCGGGGACCUCACUACCAUACCUCUAGCCGCCAAAACCAUUGCUUGAGCCGCUGCUGUUUGGUUAGUCGUUCCUCCUUAGUUACAUUGUUACAGUUGCUGCAAAAGCGGAGUGGAGUUGAGGUUACGGCUGCUGCUAUUGCGGGCCAGGAGAAAGAGGGGUUUUGACGUCUUUUAUAGCUUUUGGAUUUUGACUACUCGAGGUAAGAGCUUUUUCUUAAACUCAUUUUACUUUCAAGAAUUGUUAUAUAUUGAUAUCGGUGCAAAAAAUAUAUCUCUGUAUUUUUGUGAGUCUUAUGAAUUGAACUGAACUAUUUUGGAUAAAUGUAAAAAUUUUACCUAAUUGAUUUAUUGAUUGAUUGAGAAGGCUGAUUAUUCUAAUUUGUUGAGUUGGUUGUUGUUGAACCGGUUGUAUGAUAAUAAUGUGUUAGUUCUGGAACUAAAAUAUGGUGAGUAAUUGAUGAAUUGAGUUGGGUUUAUGCUUGGUUUGGAAUUAUUAUAAUGAUGGUUGGAUUGUGGCUGUUUUCUGAUAUUUAAGACUGAGUAAUUGCUAUAAAUUUUGGUUAUAUUGAUAACAUUAUUUUGGUUACUAAAUUGAAUAAAUUGAGAACCUUGUUGUUUUGAUCGUUGUUUAGAAAAGGGUUAGUGAUUUGUUGUGGUUGAUGGAACCCUUGAUGAGUAGUAAAGUCCAAGUUUUAGGAGAGGUGCUACUGAAAUUUUUAUAAAAAUUAAAUACUUCGUUUGAAGUGUUAUUUGAAAAUUUUGGAUUGAAGAAUUAUUUUAUUUGAAUUUGAUUUGACGCAACGGAAUAUUUUAAACUUAGAAAUGAAAUUGAAAUCGGUUUUAAGAACAUGUUUUAAAUAAAAUGUGAUUUUUAUGGUUAUGUUAAGUUGAUAUUUUUAAGAAUUAUGGGAAUACUUUAAAGUUGAACUUAAGAAUGAAGUUAAAAGUGAUUUUGGGUACUUGAUUAAAAUUGAAAGUGAUUUGAGAAUUAUGCUUUUGGAGUAUUUCAAAUGGAAUUGAAGAAAUGGAUUAUUGAAUUUAAUUUGGGACUUCUAAUUUGGUGAAAAUGAGUUUUAUAAAAGAAAGAUGGAUUUAACAUGCUAAAGAAAUUUGAUAUUUGAAACACCUGAGUAGGAAGCAAGGGUUGUGACUUAGUCCUACUUGCUCCGGGUUAAGAUUUUAAAGGAUUGUGGAUUCUGAUUCUGAUUAGAAACAUCAUUGAAAUUUGAUUUGUGUUUGAGCAAGGACGAUGGUUGUAUCCCUCUUGUGUGUUUGUGAAUGUGGUACUGCCUUCAGGAAAAGGUGGUAGGGUACUAAUCCUACGAAAUAUUACCCCCUGAUAAUACCUCUAGAAGAAGGUGGUAGGGCACUCUCUCACGAAAUUAUUCCUCUUUGGAAUGUGUUUGCAGCACGGAUGUGGGGAAGGUGGGAGGACACUUUUUCUCGGAAUAUUUCUCCCACGUCUCUCUCUGGUUUUAGGUGGUAGGACACUAUCCCACAGAAUUUUACGGUAUUCAAG